AUGCUUGGGAUCGGACAGGCCGUACAUCGAUCGCCCACCAUGGCUUCUCCUUCCCGCAACCACUAUACUUCUCCGACAACGGAACCGGCUGAGGUAGCUCGCUCAAGGCAGAACUCGGACGCGAUGGACAUUUACGGCAUCGCAGACCGCGAGCUUGCAGACCAGAAUGCCGCUGAUAGCGAGACUGGCAAUCGCAAUGGCUCCCCUAGUAUGAGUAGUACUUAUAGCAAGAACUCGGAGACACCCGCUUUUUAUGAAGAAAAUGGCCGGACAUACCAUGGUUUCCGCAAGGGAGUCUACAUGUUGCCAUGCGACGAACAAGAGCAGGACCGCCUCGACAUCUUCCACAAACUUCUCACGGAAGCGAGAAAGUCGGACGGUCUUAUCUACGCCCCGCACCGUCCAAACGGACGCUUCUUAGACCUUGGCUGUGGAACUGGCAUCUGGGCGAUCGAUGUCGCACAUAAAUACCCCGAUGCUACCGUGGUCGGGGUCGACCUUGCGCCUAUCCAGCCCCCAAAUCACCCCCGGAACUGUGAGUUCUAUGCACCAUUCGACUUUGAAGCCCCCUGGGCCAUGGGAGAGGAUCACUGGGAUCUUAUCCAUCUGCAAAUGGGCUGCGGCAGCGUAGUGGGCUGGCCAAAUCUCUACAGGAAAAUUUUCGCGCACCUGAAACCGGGUUGUUGGUUCGAGCAGGUGGAAAUCGACUUUGAGCCACGCUGCAACAACCGUCCCCUGGAGAAGAUGGCUUUCUGGCAUUGGUAUCAAUACCUGAAGCAAGCAACACAGGACGCAAUGCACCCAAUAGCUCACAACUCCCACGAAACCAUCAAGCACCUCGAGGAAGCGGGUUUCACCCAGAUCAACCAUCAAAUCGUGGGCUUACCGCUGAACCCAUGGAUUCCUGAUAAGCACGAGAGCAGGGUCGCCCGCUGGUAUAACCUGGCCAUAUCAGAGAGCAUAGAAACCCUAAGUUUGGCGCCAUUUAGCCGUAUCUACCACUGGCCACUGGACAAAAUCAAACGCAUCUCCGACGAGGUGAAGUCUGAAGCUUUCAACCCGGAUAUCCACGCCUGGAACCUUUUACAUAUUUAUCAAGCGCAAAAACCCCCUAAUUAA